AGAAGAAGGCAUUUUCCCGGAAAAUAAAAUAAAAAAUCGAGUGGUGUAAGGAAGUAGAGUGGAAAAAGCUUAGAAAAUUCAUUGGUAUAAAUCUCCAUUACAACUUCAGUUCCCUCCAAUGUUGAACUCUCUCAUGUAAUUGAAAUUUGAAGCUAAAUCCACUUUUGACUUUGAGCUCCGGUUUUUAGUUGUGCCCCUAUGGAGUGGAACUUCUCUCAGGUUUUCGGCGAACGAGCUCCGGGAGAGGAUGUUGAGGAAGUUGAUAUCAUCACUGCUAUGGGAUUCGACGCUAGCGGUGAUUACCUUGCCGUUGGAGAUAGAGGUGGUCGUGUUGUGAUAUUCGAAAGAAAAGAUGGGAAACAUACUUCGAAUCAGUACCAGCCUCGCACUAAGUUGGAGGAACUGGAUUUUACCCCUACUUGGAAUCCUGAAUUUCAGUACAAGACUGAGUUUCAGAGCCAUGAGCCUGAGUUUGACUAUUUGAAGAGUUUGGAAAUCGAAGAGAAGAUAAACAAAAUAAGAUGGUGUGCUACGCCCAACGGUUCACUCUUUAUCCUUUCCACCAACAACAAGACAAUUAAAUUGUGGAAGGUGAAGGAACGUAAGGUAAAGAAAGUAAAAGAAAUGGAUUCUUCUCCGUAUGUGAGUUCAGAGAAUGCACUUUUAGCUGAAAAGAGCUUCAUGACUGGACAAGAUUCUAAUGGUCAUCAUUCAGAUUGGACAGAUAAGAUGGGAAAGAACAUGUCACCAACACAAUACCAACAUGAUGAGAUUGUAGACCUAGAAGAUACUGCACAAACAAGAUGUCGGAAGGCUUAUGCUCAUGCUCAUGAGUUUAAUAUAAAUUCCAUCUCAACUAAUAGCGACUGUGAGACAUUUAUUUCUGCAGAUGACCUUAGGAUAAACUUGUGGAAUCUUGAGAUAAGUGGUCAGUGCUUCAACAUUAUUGACAUGAAGCCAUCAAAUAUGGAGGACCUUACUGAGGUUAUAACAAUAGCUGAGUUUCAUCCAAUUCAUUGCAAUUUUCUCGCAUACGGCAGCUCAAGAGGAUUUAUUCGCCUAGUUGACAUGCGUCAAUCAGCUUUAUGUGAUCACAGUGCGAUAAUAUUGGAAGAUGGAGGUUCACGCGGGUCGAAAUCAUUUUUCACAGAGAUUGUUGCAUCCAUUUCUGAUAUGAAGUUCUCUAAGGAUGGGCGGUACAUCUUAAGUCGCGAUUACAUGAAUCUAAAGCUAUGGGACAUGCAUAUGGAUUCCUCACCAGUUGCAAUAUACAAGAUCCAUGAGAACCUCAGACCCAAGUUCAUCCUAAAGGCUUACAGGCUCAACAUGCAUGCAAAUAUGUCCCUUCUACUGUCACCUGACAUCAAUUUCUGGCAGUUGUGCGAAUUGUAUGAUAAUGACUGCAUAUUUGAUAAAUUUGCUUGCUGCCUCAGUGGGGAUGGAAUGCAUUAUGCAACUGGGUCUUACAGCAAUCAUUUACGCAUUUUCUCCCAUGGUGCUGGAAGUGAUGAAGGAAUCACAAUAGAAGCUAGCAAGCAUCCUGUCAGAAAGCCAGUUUUGCAUGCUGCUCCAAGGACUAGAAGAUCUUCUUUGAGCAAUCUGACGCGUCGAUUUUACCGCCAUGGGAAUGAUAAUUCAAGUUCAGGAAAUAAUGACUUCUCAUGUAACUUAAAUUCCAAGUUAUUACAUCUAGCAUGGCAUCCAGAAAAAAACUUGAUUGCUUGUGCUGCUGGGAAUAGCCUGUUCAUGUAUCAUGCAUAGAUUCCUUUUUGUACAGUUACAAUUCUGAAAGUGUUUGUAGAGAGGGAGAGCAUUAAAGUUCACUCAGCUUGAGAUGAUGAGAGAAAGGUUUCUUCUUCUUAAAUAUAUAUAUAUAUAUAUAUAUAUAUAUAUAUUUUUUUUUUUGACGCGGUGAUCAAAAUCACACAUGAUUAACAAAGCGACAAUCCAUAAUCGGCGGCGGCACCACCUCGAACCAGGAUAGCUCAUCGUCUAACCGAAGGGCAUGCUUUGCCAAACCAUGAGCUGCAGAAUUUCUUCUUAAAUAUUUAACAACAGAGAAAAUAAAAACAUAAAAAAAAAAAAAAGUCUACUUAGAAGGUUCUGUGUUGUGGAAAGUAAUAAUGUUAAUAAAUCAUUGUCAAAAAAAAAAAGUGGGUAUGCUCAUUUGGUACCCAAGUACUACAAGAUAA